ACGACAGGACGCAAAACUUCUUUAACAUAUCGCCUGCCAGUCAAAUGUCCAUUCACAAUUACCAAAUCAGUUUGUCUGUCAUGGGUGAAACCGCCACACACCAUGACACUUCCGCAGCAAUACCGAGCAUGGUACAGAAGUGUUGCCCUUGCAUACUGCUCGCCGCUUCGUCGCCAGCAACAGUUUCUGCCAUCUGUGAUCCGUAGGCAAAAUCCUUCAUUCGUCUGUAAACAUGGUGUAACGCCAUUGGCGCACAGCCCGUCCCUCGUGUUGACAAGCCCACCUCAGUCUUUGCCGUCUUUGGUAAGCUGUUAGGGUGACCCCCUUCACAGGGCGCAUUGCUUUCGGUCGGGCUGCACAGAGCCGGAUUUUAGUGGUAGACGUUGAAAUUCGCCUUCCUGUUAUUGUACAGAAUUCUCAAGUGAUCGCUGGAGCAGAUUUAAAUCUGUAGCUAAGUGAAAUUAAUGGAAUGAGACGAUAUUGACUAGGUGUUGUCAUUUUAGGCCUGUCACGCCCAUGUCUCAUUGCAACUCCGCCCGUAUGACCUCACUUGUCCCACAGUCGACAAAUUACACUUUUUGAUUUGCCAAACAUUCGGGCAACUUUGUAUACAACAUGGCGACAAUAAUAGAAGGAAUGUAGUGCUCAAGUUAUCUCACAUCAUAUGUGUUCAACAGACAAAUAAUGCACCUAUUGCAAAUGCUAUCCAGCAAUGAUAAGUAAAAGUGUAUCCAAAUCAAAUAAAUGUAAUAUUAUUAACAGAACGCCAUGCGAACACACUGUUAUGAUUACUCGUGCCACGGAUGAUAAACAUAAAGCUGUAGUCUGGUUAAUCUAUAACUUCACCAGAACAAAUUGCAAUGUAGAUUCUGCCUUACCUACACACAAUGUGGGUAGGUUUUAUGUGCAUCAUACGCGUACCUGUGAUCAUGGGUUCGAAUCUCGGUUCGCCCCGAUUAUGUUUCUAUGUCUGUCAUUACCAUACCUCUGCUCCUUGGUUUCACCACAUUUGGUAAUCAUUAGGACCAGCAUUAAUAUGGGCUUUCCUCAAACAUUAGUUUCUCUCUCAGGAAGACGUGGAUGUACAGAGACUCAUUCCACUGACAAGACCGGGUCGUCUGUGCCAUUUUCCUUGAAUAAAUGCAGUACGUCGACAGUUGGACGAUGGUAUAGAGGUUACAGUUAAAUGGUAUAUAAACGUCCAGAGCCAUGGACGUUGCACGCAUGUACAUAUAUGUAGUUGGUCAUUUGCUGCUUUUCGUCGGUUCGUCCUGCACUCGUUUCGUGAACAUGACAGGUUUGUAGAAAAUCAAUUUCAAAAUAAUUUGUGUAUUGUCACUAACAUUACAGUGCAUUAGUUUGGUGCAUUGUGACUGUACAUGAAUCACAAAACGGUGGUAUGGGUGAUUACUGUAAAAUGAUUUUAUGAUACCCAAGAUUAAUGAAGUUUAUCUAAACGACAAUGUAGUCAAUAUUUUACUCAUCUUGAUCUGAAGAUACAUUAAAAUAGUCGUAAAAGACUCGUGACGUAGAUCACAGUAGCAACUAGUACAGAUAUGACUACCCUUGUGACAUUCACCCUAAAUACAUUCACCGUGCUAUUGCUGGGAGAAUGAUGAAAGCGGCGUAAAAUCCAACUCACUCAUCCAUUUAAACUAGAUGUAUAUAUUGUUAUUGAAUUUUUCAAGGUACAAAUGUACAUGAUGUUUUUCAUCUUAAAUGUAUUACACAGCACCUUCCAGAAUAAUUCAUGGAAAAAAUGAAGUACAUCACCUAUUAAGCAAGAUGUCUCUUCAUCCGGGUUCAUCUUUGAUUUUUGUUAGUCAUUCAUAUAUGGGUAAGUGAAUCUUCCUUUACUUCUUCAAAUUCAAGAAAUGUAUUUGCCAGGCAUACUUACCAUCGUUGAAUCUAUGGUCUGUGAUUAUGUUUUUUGGCGUCCACAAUCAAGGGCAAAUUUGCCUACUCAACAUGUUAUAGUGUUCCUGUUAUCAUUUCACGUUUUCAUUUCUAAACAGGAAGAAACAUAUAUGACACUAUUGAGGACUGGACUACACAUCAUGGCGUGACUGCAAUGUUCUUCCAUUUGCAUGCCUUUGAACAGAGUCUGACCGACGUUGUUGAGAAAUCUCUCCAGAAGAACCAACUCAACAUUUAUCGCAAAUUGUUCAACUUUGUUGUCCUUUGUGACGGUAUCAACAACUGCUUGCCACGCAUCACAAAUAUAUCUUCGAGAAAAGACAAGGAAAUCGGACAAGGAACACUGCUACGUCAUUUUUCGAAAUGGUUAUUUCUGAAUGUGGACCCGCCAUUAUCAACAGAAGUAUAUGCUGAUCUGGACAACAUAGCAAUAGCAGUCAAGGAAAAAAACAUAUCUGGUAACUCAGAUGUGAAAAUCAGCACUCUAUUGUGGCAGUCCAACGGCCGGAAAUGGUGGCAAAUCGGUGACUUAACAAAUAAUGGGGGCACAUACCCCGCCUUCAUUUCUCCUCUCUUUCCCAAUACGGCAUAUAUGUUGAACGGAAGAAAACUGAAAAUUGGCAUCUUGGAGUGGGAUAAUUUUUGCAAGAAAUCAGAAAGUUCGACAAAAGGCUCCAUUGUGUACAGUCAUAUCUGCAAGGAUUUAUUCGACAGCCUUGCCGAAUAUCUCAAUUUUACAUAUGAACUGAUCGAACCACCUGACAAGUCCUGGGGUGAAUUGUCCGAAUCGUGGAGCGGUCUUCUUGGCAUGGUAGCACGAAAUGAUGUCGACCUUUCUGGCAUACCUUAUGGAAUCACCCUGAAUAAAACAAAGGCCUUUGCAUUUCCUCAUAUCAUGUAUCAAUCCGAAUGUGAAGUAGUCCAUAAGAAACUGUCAAAUAAUGAUAACCAUUGGAUGUUGUUGGUGUCUGUAUUUAAAUGGGCUGUGUAUGUAUGCGGACUGCUGACGAUGACAUGGUGCAUAGGACUCUAUGCAUUGCUGGAACGAUACAGUGUUGGAGAGCAUAUCAAGGCCGGGGAGAUUCCUGCAUGUCCACCAUCAACAUCAGACAGUGUCAUGACGGCGGUCCUUGUGCCGCUAUACCAAGGUUCGCUGAAUCUUCCACAGACAACACCUGGACGCAUUUUCUACGCAAGCUGGUGGUUGUUUUGCAUCACCAUUGUCGCAGUUUACACGGGUAAUCUGGUUGCAAUUGUAUCGGUGGUAAAAGAAAAAAUACCCUUCAAUACGAUAGAAGAGCUUGCAGGAAAUAAUAACUUCAAAAUUAUCAUUCUUAAAGGAUCACUUUAUGAAGAUAUCUACAAGUAUUCUAAUGAUAGUGUGAGUAAGAAAAUCUGGUCAAAAGUGUUGGAUACCCGAUCCACAAAUAUCCAAAACUCUCUAGAUGAGGAUCUUCAUAUUAAGAUGCUCCUACAGUCUAGCUACUACGCAUACAUAACCAGUUCCUUCACGGCUGGUGGUAUAGAAAAGACAGUUAAUAACCUCCGAAGGAUGAAAUGCAGCAUUGGUCCGAACUAUAUAAGCCUGCCCUUUCCCGUCAAUUCACCUCUUGUGGAGUUAUUUACAGACAAACUCAUUCGUCUAUAUGAUAACGGCAUGCUGGAAGCCUGGGCAAGAAAAUGGUCCACCACAAAACGGGAGGAACAUGUACACACAAUGACGAAGGUUGACAUGAGUAACUUGCGGAGCGCCUGGACAAUGUGUCUAUCAGGAAUUAUAGUAGCCUUUACUGUAUUAGGAAUCGAGCAUUUCCUAAAAUACCGAAUAAACAAAGAUUGAUUGGCUUAUUCUAUGAAAAUGGAUACAUGAAUGUUAAAGUCCGUUACAGUAACAAUUCAUGUCCCCUUCAUUGCUUCGGUAAAUCCAGUUAAAAUAUACUAUUCAAAAGAAGUAAAAUAACAUCCGAUUCUUUAAUAUCGCUACAGCUGCAGUUAAUCUGUCAUGUCAUGCUAUAGUAUACACUUCUGUUAUACCAUGACAGAUUAACAGUAAUAUAAAUGAGUCGAGUGUUCUUUAACUUCUUUAGAGUAGUAUAUAAGCCACAAUAUUAUUAAUCGAGCGUAUCCUGAACCAUCAAACAAACAAUGAUUGAACUUUUUCACAAAAGGGUCUUAAUCGUCCAGUUAUGGUAAAGGUUUCCUCAGUUUGUUGUGCCAUUUCAGUUAAGAGGUAUAAAUAACAUGUUUUGCACCAUGCCAGUCAUUGUACUCCUCAAGACAUGUCCUUCUUAAUACUUAAACACUUUCCAUCAAUGCCCUAUAUAUUUUGCAAUAUAGGGACGGAGUGUGUGAGAAUGAUUUGACACAACCUUUAGUAAUAUUCCAGCAAUAUCACGGCGGGUCACAUAAAAAUAGGGCUUCACACGCUGUUCUCAUGUGGGGAAUCCAUCCAUUUUAUUCUUCCCAUUUGACUAUUUUGACUACUGUGACUUUAUAUUUAAAGUUAGAUCAGUUUAACCGUAGUAAUGACUUAUGAAAAUAGUUGUGUUGCUCUUAUUUACAUGGGAGUUAUUGUUCGUUGAUUAUUCGCUCUUUCGGCUGCGUCUCAGACAGUUAAAAGUAUAAUAUACCUUAAACAGUGUCAGUAGAGAAUGGUUCAACACUGAACAGCGAAAACCAUACAUAUUUCAACAGUCAAAGUCCCAUAGCUUCCUGUAUGAUUUCAGUGUACAAAAAUCAUGUUCUUGACAUAAAUAAAUUACACAUUGAUACAAUUCUAAGGCAUCGGUAAAGUGUUCAUAAAGGUUUAUUUUAGACAUGUGGAAAACAUUUCUCAACAUGUGGCAUCAAUGACCAAAUUGAUGACCGUUGCAAUUCCCUAUUUUGGCUUGUGUCAUAUGUUCCCAUAUUUUCCCGAUGUAGAGGUGACUUUCCUCUUAUGUGUUUUUGAGAUAGUGUGAGUGACGCGUGUGACGGGUAGGACAGGACAUUUGUUCCCUUUUCGCGAUCACCUAGUGUCAUUACUGAUUUUCAGUGAUCCGUUCCUAUAAUAUUCCCGCUUCGUUGCCUUUUAUUCCCCAUAAAUGUCUUUCGGGAGAUAAUGGAGAUAGUCUUUGAUGGGGACGUUUCAUCAUUGGAAUUGGGAUAUGGAACGAAUUUUGUUGUUUGUUUUUUUAUUCACUGCAAGGAAUUCUCUCAAGCUCCAAACGUAAAUUAUUAAAUUAUUAAUUAAACAGGGAUAAAUCGAUGAAACAUUACGCAAAUCGGAAUUGUUUUCUUUCUUCUUCAAAAUUAAUCAUUACAUGGCCUCUUCCUAUCUAACAUAUUAUCUACCCAAAACCGUUGCUGCAAAAAACUCAUACAGUCUCAGAAACUCUGAAAACAUCAGUGUUCCUCUCACAAGACUAAGACAUUGGUGUGAAUCCAUCGUCUAUCCGAUUGUGAAACUGUAUUCCGUUAUCAGAUCGAAAUUACACGAUUUCUUGUUUUAAAAAUUCGUUACAAAAGCAGCACCCAACGUCGACUGCGUACCUCGCAUAUGGAAAAAAAAUAAUAUCUCAUACACAAAACUGACAUACACGUGCAGUCAAUUGAAUUAUGAUUUAUAUAGAAUUGGUAAAAAAAGAUCACCCGAACUGUUCAUGUUCAAAUACAUGUGAAAAUGCAUAUCAUCAUAUCUCAUGGAAUGUAAACUGACGUCCAAAAGAAACUUUACCAGAGUGUGAAAUCACUCGUGCUCAAAAACAACAAAACAUACAUGUAU